AGGCAGGCAGGCAGGCAGGCAGGCAAGCUAGCAGGCAGCCAGUGCACCAGCCAAGACCACUAGAUCCGCUCGGCUUACCGACUUAGAGACUUAAGCCGGCAGGCAGUCCGAAAGGCUCAACCGGCUAAGCCUGGCGGACCCACCUACCACCGACUUACGCAGCGGCCACUACACCGUUCCAUCCACCAGCGGGAAAAUCGGAGUACACCGCUGCGAUCCGCGGCACCGCCGCCGCCUUCUUCUUCUUCUUAGAAUUUUCCUCCAUCUCCGGCUCCCGCUCCGCGCCGCUGCUCCUCGCCGACGACGCAUCUCUUUUGACACCGGCGCCCGGCCCGGCGUUAAGGGCGGAGGUGCAAGCAGUGACGUUGUUAGUGCCGCGCGGUGUCUCCCGAUCACUACUGACGCGCUCGUGUCAACGCGACGUGUCCGACGUCGCCGUGGUCUGUCGCGAGAAAGGGAGCACCCGGUCGGGCCGUCGCCCGGACGGCGAGUCGCGCCGAAUCGCGACCGUGCGGAUCCAUGUAGUGGAGUUCCGGAGUGGAGGACGGGCUACCAGUCUAUCCGGAAGUGGUGAUAGUUUAGGUCUUGGUGUCGCGAAGGGAGGUGCCGCGUUCGUCCGUCGCAAGCGUCGUUAACGACGUGACUCUGAUCGCGGCAGGAGUCAGUGAAUGUUGCUUCUCGGUGAAGGUCUCGCUGGGGAAAGAGACAGAAAGAGAAAAAGAGACUGAUGGUCGACGUAGUGCUGAGGGUACCCCGUGGAAGCCUGACUGCGUCUUCUCCUUUACGUCGGCAGCCUACGGGACUCGUCCCGAGCACAACAAUCUUGUGAAAGGACAGACGCAGCAACUAGCCGCAGAUAUCGAGCACGUGAAGGUGAAAUCAAGGCGAGAUCUCCUUGACAGUCGGUGACGAUAAGGAGCGGUGGUGAAGCGGGAGACGCACCGAAAGAUGAAAAGCCAAGCGCGAAAUAAAAAACCCGGGAGGAAAGCGUGAGACGUGGAAACGUCGGGAAGUGUUGCUCUGCACGAUAACAGCGCUAGUUUAACCCACUUGGGCGCGUGACUCUACGACUCUCCUCGCCGCAUGCUUACGUAACGACCGCGACGUCGGUCACUCGAUUCGUCGCAGCUACGUGUCGAGGCGCGUGUCACGCACGUGAGCGCGACGUGCGGUGUUCCACCCCGAGAAUCGACGCGCGAAUCCACGAGAGCGCCCCAUCUCGGAUGCCGACGGCGCGCAGCGUCGCGUUCGCGCGUACCUCGUCUAUCGACGCUCACCAAGACCCGGAGCGCGAGGGUUGACCGACCGGCGGACGGCCGGCCGCCGACGGCACGGCGAACGCGCUGUGCCCAGCAGCUCGAAGUAGCUCGCACCCUGCGCGUCAGACGCACCGAGCUCUUCGGGAAGCCACGUCGACAAGACCCACCCCGCCCGACCUGUCCUCGACCACGUGAAGGACCAUCGCGCACCGAAUCGUUAACCGACGGAGACAUUGACAUUGACGAGCCGACCGUCUGAGAGCAGUCUGUGCGACCGCGGACUGGAGUGUCCCCGUCGUCUGCGAAGGGAACCGGGUCGCCGGGUGGGACUCUACGCGUUCUCUACGAAGGAAACGAACCGCUUGAUGCCCUCGGCCGGCCCUCGUCGUCAGUCGUAGGGAACGCGCAAACGCGACACUUGCGGCGUUUCUUCGGCUCCGCGGCAAGCGAGGCGCUUGAAUGUGUCCUUAGGACGAAGCGUGGACGAAAGACCGGCGGGAUUCGCGGCCUGAUCGCGGGCCAGGUUGAUCGUGCUUUGAGUCGUAAGGAACAGUCAACACGACGUUAACCUUCUACAGUAUGGAGCGGGGCGGCGGGGGCGGGGGGAGCCUCGAACUCGCCGGGGGCGGAGGCGGUGGAGGCGGCGGAGGCGGCGGCGGUGGCGGAGGCGGCGGUGGUGGCGGCAACGCGGACCUGUGUCUUCAGGAUCUCGUGACCGGGCCGACGAGCGGCCUCUCGGUGCAGCAUCAUCAGCACGCGACCGCGGCGACCGCCUCGAUGGCCGGUCUCCACGGCGACCAUCUGCAGGGCGCGAUGCACCAUCACGACCUGCAUGGUAACUCGCAUCACGACACCUCGAUGCUGCACAACUCGAGCCACCAGCUGCACCACGAGCCGCUGGAGAAACUUAAACUCUGGGCGCAGAGUGACUUUAGGGACGAGACCAACGGGGGUCUCGCGAGGCUCGACACCACGGGUCAUGGCGCCCACACCCCCGGCGGUAGUAACCCUAGCACACCGGGAGCAACCCCCACGACACCAUCCGGUGGAUUCUCCGCCGCUCAACCGAGGAACCGCACAAACACCACUCAUAGGCCGGAUAUUCGAAAAGGUGUACAAACGUCUACAGAAGUAAAACACGAAUUGGGUGCCGGUGGCGGUGUCGUUUCCCCCGGAGGUGUGGUCGGGGUCAACGAUGCCGACGACAAGGACGGUAAGAAGAACAAACGGCAGAGGCGACAAAGGACACAUUUUACGUCGAGCCAGCUCCAAAAUUUGGAGGAGACUUUCAUCAGAAACCGGUAUCCGGACAUGGCGACGAGAGAAGAAUUGGCCGUUUGGACGAAUUUGACGGAAGCUCGAGUCAGGGUCUGGUUCAAGAACAGACGGGCGAAAUGGCGGAAGAAAGAGCGGAACGCGAUGAACGCCGCCGCGCAGGCCGCGGCGGACUUCAAGUCGGGCUUCAGCACGGCCAGUCUGAACGGCUUCAUCACCCAGCCGUUCCCCGACCCGGACACCCUCUACGGCUCGUACAGCACGUACAACAACUGGGCGACCAAGGUGCCGUCGCCAUUGAGCGGCAAGAGCUUCCCUUGGAUGAACACGUUGGGCUCGGUGGUGCCGGCCGCGUCGCACCAUCACCAUCACGCGCAGGUCAGCCCGGUGAAUUGCUUCAACGCCGCGGCGACGUCGGUCGCGGGCAGCCACGUCGGUGGCAUGUCGGUGUCGGUCGGCCAAGCGGCCACGUCCAUGUUGCCGGGCAUGGGUUCCGGUCUGGGCGUCGCGAGUUCACCGGUCGCAGCGUCCGGUGCGGCGUGUCCUUACGCCGCGCCGGCGGCGCCGCAUCAUCCUUACGGGCCGCCGGUCUACACGCCGCACCAUCGGACGGCGGCACCGCCGGAAUCCUGCACGGUCAUGACCUCCAGCAGCAUCGCUUCCUUACGGCUCAAGGCGAAGCAGCACAGCAGCGGCUACGGCGGCGGCGGCGGCGCUGGCGGCGGUGGCGGCGGCUCGUUCAGCGCAGGCGGUACCGCCGGUACCACGGCCGGCAGCAUAAGCCCCGUCAGCUCGAGGGCAUCCUCCGUCGGGGGCGGUGGCGGCGGCGGCGGCGGCGGCGGCGGCGGUGGCGGUUUAAGCGCCUGUCAGUACGCGUUGACGACGGCGGCCGGCGCGAACCCACAUUCCCCGGGUGGUCCUGAGGCGCACGCCAACGCCACCGCCAGGGCUCAAGUCUGAGGUGACGCGGGGGCUAC